AUGGCUUCCUUCUUCCACAUCGUCUUCGUCGGCGCCGUCCUCGCCGCUAUCGGGGCCGCCAGCUGGUUCCUCUUCCCCAAGGGACAGAACCAAACACUCCUCCGAACCAGCACCCUCCUCACGCUUACUGCUUGCUACCUCAUGUGGGCGAUCACUUACUUGGCUCAACUACACCCCCUCAUAAACCCUCGGCGCUCUGAUCUGAGACAGGAAUAUUAG